AUGCAGUCAACUACUGAGAAACAGGGCGGCGAUCUGGACUUUGACGUUUUUGGGAUUGGGGUGCGGAGGCCACAUUCGGCAGGGGUUGGUCGCCGAGGGCGCCGGAGCCUGUCCACACCACGAGACGACUCUGCUGCUGGGGAAGUGGACAGUGUCCCUCCCCGGCCAAGAUCAGCUCCACUUGCCAGUGGAGGACCUGUUGGCGGACAACAUUUGGCAGAUGCAGAUUUGGAAGCAUCGUCCAACGUGAAGCCAGGCUCUUUUUUGGGGGAGGGGCCUGUGGCGAUGCAGGCUGCCACAUCAGAGCUGAAUGACCAGAGCUCGCGGAGAUCGGCACCCAUGCCAGCCAGAGUGCGGCAGGCUGAGAAAAUUCCCCCAGAAGGCGACUUAAUUCCAACGAGAAUUGAUGAUCAAAGAGGAUUGGCUGUUGGAAAUUCGCAGCAACCAGAAACAAGAUCGGAUUCAUAUGCUGCAUCACAGCGUUUGGCGGCCUCCCGCCGCUCAAUGGCGCCCUCUUCGACUGUUCCAGAUCAUGAGUGGGACCUAGAUGUUGAGCUCCUACCUGACAGUUCGACUUCAAAAUCACCAAGUGGAACCAUUUUGCAAGAUCGAAUCCAGGCUGAUGCUGGGCACAACAGCGCAUCAGCCAGCUCACAAGAGCCAGAUCCAGGCGGCUAUAUACCCUCGUUUGCAUCAAAACCGCGAGUGUCACGACCCAAAGGCCAAGUUCAGAUCAAUAAGGCAGUUGCUGACCAAGGUGAGCUCAAUUCUGGCAGCCCUGGAGGGCCAAGGAGAAGGAAAAUGGGCUUUGCUGAUCCCGAACAAGGAAUGGCAGUACCACAGAAAAAGGCAGGCACUGCUCAGGAAGGUAUUAAGGCUGUGGAGAAGGCCUCCUCAUCAGAUGCCCAGGAGGAGGAACAGGCUCGGUCCUCCAUGCUGGCAGCCAUGAGGCGCAGGGAGGAGCUCCUGCAGAAACAGACUGAGAAGGAUGCCAAAAAGGAGGCAGCUGUGGCAGUCCGCAAAAGGACUGAAUCCGCAGGGUCUCCUGCUCCACAGCUCACAUCUCGAGCCAGCCCUGCCAUGGUAUCAGCCACCGGUGGCAUUGCUCGAAGUCUGGCUGACCUGGGCAUUGAAGAUGGGUCUUCCACAACCGAAUCUGAAAAAGGAUGCUGGACUACCCCUGGAUGCACGUGCAACACCGCCAGAGCCUUCACAUGGUUUCCCAAAUAUAGAUGA